AUGCUCUAUCGACUUGGUAUUGAAUUCUCCUCGGACACCAAGAUGGAGUAUCCGCGCAUCAUAGCCCCUGGCGACGUCCAUCGAACCCGCAUCGAGAAUCAGCAGCCCGAUGUGAACAAAGGUCUUGACAAGGCCAGUUUCGAUCUGAAAAACAGCAUCGUUAGGCUACAAUGUGAUUUUGGCGAUGGACCAACGUAUGGGACGGGAUUCUUUGUCAACUUUCCUUGCAGCAUGUACGAUGUCAUCUUGACUGCCGCCCACAACCUCAUCAAUAACGAGAAAGUUACGGUUCAGACCUUGAAGGUCUUCUGUGCAAAGACCGAGAAGAACGCGAAGAAUACUGGACAAGGGACUGAAAAAGAAAAAAUAGAGUCGGAGCCAGUUGCCGGGUUCAAAAUCUGUCCCCAGUAUAUCGAAAUUCUUGAGACAAUGUCCAAAGACUCGGAUAAAGGGCCCAAAGCGUCAGCUAAAGGGCCCAAAGCCCCGGACAAGGGCUCUUAUGACUAUGGCAUCAUCUUGCUGGUGAAGGACAAGACCAAAGAAAGCAACAGACAGGGUCUGGGGCUGAAUCUUGGGCUAAGCUCCCACAUCACAUUGCAAGGUUCAAAAAUGGCCAACGUAAGUGGCUACGGAGGAAAUGAUCCAACUUCCCCCCUGCAACACAGCUCCGGUCAAGUUAUAAAGACAGGUGUGAAACAAUGCGUCGAAUACAAAGCACCGACAGAGCAAGGAAUGAGCGGAUCACCGGUUUGGAUUCCCUACGGUGGACACCCAAUGGUAGUGGGUAUACACAAUAUGAGGCCGAAAACAAAAGUUGGCGGAAGCAGAGGCACAAAGAUGACCGAAGAAGUCUUUCGUACCAUAUGCGCAUGGCUAGGCAUAGGCUUCUUUGGCAAGCGUCUUUGCGCCCUUGGAAAGAAGAACAAGCCACACAACACAUAUCUUUCUUUUUUCCAGCACAGCGAUUUUGCCAAGGUGUUUCUGGGAUCGUCGGAGGAGGCUAGAAAUCAGGACAACGUGACGUUUGACAUUAUGCCGACGACCAUCUUCCCAAGAUGGGCUGGGAGGCAUGUGCUCUAUGCGUUUAAGUUUCAUAGGCCACCCACUUGGAAAGAUGACAAAAAGUGCUGGGUUGAGUGGCAGCCAAAACAGCAGCGAGCUAUACUGGUGGACACAUUGAAGGACGUUAACCUUGUCAGACUAGACGAAAAGCUGCUCAAAAGUGGUAACAAACGACUUCUCGUGCUUAUACCUGCGCCGGGAGAUCCAAGCAAAAUCCAGGAGCUGAGAAUGUAUGACGAUGAUCGGGAUGAGGAUGACAUUGAGGAUGGGAUGACUGAAUUUGCGGGUGUAUCGUUUGGGCGAUGGGGGGAUAAGGCGGACAUGGUGGGGAGUCGAAUGUUUGUGAUUGAGUAG